AUGCGUAAAGGGCCAGGUGAGAAUAGAAAAAAUUUCGAUCUAGACGAAAAAUUACGUGUAGGCGACAGCGAUUAUUCAUCAGAAAGAAGUUACAUACGGACAAAAGGUGAAGAUCCUGAAAAGACAAAACAGAAAAAAGGGGAAAAGCCUGCAAAGGAGCAGGACUACAAGAAGUCGAAAGUACGUCGAAUUUUGAGUCAGCGACGGGAGGAGGUCAGCCCGAAGACGGCGGUUUCCGAGCGGCCAGGUUUGCCGCCUUAGAAGGUCAAAAAUGAAAAGUAGGCUUGCAGAGGCGCAGUGCGUCGGACUUUCUGAAGACUUGGGUGACAUCAUCCUUCUACCCUCGCCCAAUUGUUAGUUUUCUUUUUUGGAUAUAGCCCAAUCCGUGUCAGAUUGUCCCUUCUUUGUCUGAAAAAAUACCAAGUUCAGAUUCGAGGCCUUUGUUUUUAGCAGUCUCUUCUACAGUGUCGUAGAGCAAAUGAAAAUCUGUGUGUUUGGCUCGAGUUUUUUUCUUCGGUUGUGCUCUUAAAGAAUGACCUUCUCGUACGGAACCAUAUUCACUUCACAUGAACGCUACGGCUUGUUUCAAACCACAUAAGUAAUACUUCUCUUCAAUGAAAAAAAUGAAAAAAACUUCGCGUUUAUUUCCGUGAAUUUCACAUCUGUUUAAUUGACUGUGUCGAAAAGCUACUCAUCUUAAUUAUAUGAAUGAAUGAAAAAUUAAUUAAUUAAACCCUGGAAAGUCGGUUUUAGUGAGUCUGAUGCGCGAGAAUAAGCGUCGUGCUCGUGAGAGUGUUUGCGACGUUGGCAGUCCUGAAAUCGAUGUAAUCUCCAAGAGAAAAAACCUUUGAAUUUUUUUGUGUAGUGCCGAACGAGCGAAGACUCGCUGUACAACGUGCCGUCUGUGGCCAUCGACAACGCGACGACGAUGAAGUCGGUCAGAAUUGUCGGGACUCCAUUUCCUUAUGGUCAGUAUAAAAAGAAGCCUUCCCGCUUGAUCGCUGGAACAUGGCAGCUUUUUGGAAAAAAUGGAUUUUUCUCAAUUUUUCGCCUGUUGCAAAAGUAUGGUUAUUUUGGUUUCGUUUUUUUUUCUUUUACUGCAGUACCAUUGCGAAGUUAUUUCAUUCACUUUGGAUGCGUCCGAGUUGCAGCUCAUGAUGACGAGAGGCCGACGGUAAAGUCGUCCUCCGAUUUCCCUUUGAAAAUACCGAGACCGAGCGAAUAUAGCAGUGAAACACUUCAAGACCGCUCUUGCUACAUGAAUUCCGACGCCUUGACUUCUUCGUCCAAAUGA